AUGUCAAAACUAUCGCCUUGUCCUCAUGCCGCCGAUUUUAUAAAUUUGGAAGAACCACCAGAACCUAAAGAGUUUUUCCAAGACCUUUGUGCUGUUCCUAAUUCUCCCAGAAGACGUUUUGAAAAUUCCCGAAGGUCAACGCAUUAUUGUGAAGCUUUGAGCUAUUCUAGGCAAAAGCUUCCUGCUCUGUUGUCUAAAAUGACACUGCAAGAGUUGAGACACAAUAUGUCAACUUUUUCUUUGCAGGAAAAGGAUCAGAUGAAUGAUUAUGACACCUAUAAGGUGAUAGACAUGGGAGAUCGUCUCUUGCUCGAGACUUUGUCCCCACAGCCAAGAGAUUUAUUUGAAAAACUGCAUACAAGUGAGGCGAAUUUAAUAGCUGAGACAGUUUUAGACGAAUCAACUGCAGUAAAGACAGAGUUACGGCCAUCUUCGUCUGCACGAAAUUCAAGUGUUUUUUUGUAUGAAGAUUAUAAAAAAUUCAUUUACCAGCAACUAGAUAUGUUUAGUUAA